CAAGAGUUGCCACCUUCUAGAGAAUCUUCUCCAGCCAUUGGCAUUGGUGUCAAACUUAAGAUCAAGAUUGGUGGCAGCACUGGUCCAUCAGCUUCUGUGAUGGUGACAGGAGAUAGCAGUUCCCCAGCACCCUCGCCUGCUUCACUGACAGGUUCCAAGAGAGAUUCUGUGUCACCACAUAAAAUCAUACCAAAACUGUGAGUUUGCUUUUAUUAAAGACUUUUAUUUAAUCCCUGCAGUCUAAAAAUGCAUUCCACCGAUUUUAAAACUAGAUUUAACUAUUAUUCUAAGAAAGUAAUGCCUGCCUCAUUAAUAACAUUUUAAAGAUUGCCUGUUUGAUAACAAAUUGAGAACUCAAAUGUUUGGGGGAAAAAAUGUCAUUGAUCCAAAAAUAUAUUAACAUUGUUAUUUCAAAAUAUUGUAUUCUUACUAUUCUAUGUUGCAGCUUGAGUAGUAAGAACCCAAUACUUUACAGCUUGAAAAUUAAGAACACAAUCUGUGACAGCCUGAAUCAAAAUACAGGAAAAUAAAAAAAAAAUAUUUUGAACACAGCUUAAGAGACAAAAAAAGAAUGAGAAAAUUAGAACUUUGCUUGCAAUCAACAUGAAUUAGUUUAGGAAAACUUACUAUUUCAUUCAUUUCUGUUUAAACACAGUCCUUAAUAGAAUAUCCUUAUUUCAGAAUAGAAAUGCACAGUAUGGACAAUCAUGAUAUUACUUUUGUAAUACUAACAAAAGUAUUUUUUUCUUAUAACAAAAUUUAUUGUUUUGCAUUUCAUAAAAUGCUAAUCCACAAGUCAUUUUAAAUCUAGACAUAAUUGCAAUUUUAUAUUUUUAUAACUCAAAAUAAUAAAUAGGACUACUACAAUUUUCUUUUAAAAAAACUGUAUACAGUGCAGAUUAAAUAUAUAAAUAAUAAAGGAUUUUAAAAAGAAUGAGCCAGUCACAAAACUCUUAAAUCAAAUUGUUUAGCCGCAGCUUCUAUAAUUAAGAAAUAAUUGACUUAUUGUAAAAAUUACUGUAUUUUUUUACCUCUAAAAGAUUUCUACAACUACACUUUUGCACAGGUACAUUUCAAAGAGUGGACCAGAAGAGAAACCAAAGAAAUCCACCAAGAUCAGUCAUGGAGACACACACAAGUCGUCCCCAAUAUCAGUUGUUACAAAAUCAAGAUCAUCCUCACCCUCCAAAGCUUCACCUUCACCGCGCUCAACGCCAACUCCUCCAGUGCCCCGUAAAACCCCGACCCCACCUCCAUUAACUAAAUCACGUGCCACCAAAGAAACUAUUCAAGGUCGUAAAAAAGAAACCGCCACACCCGUCCCUGGGAAAGAAAGAAAGAGCAGAUCACCCAUCAAAGGUGGAAGGAAAGGGAAGAAAAAGGAAAGGUUAGAAAGUCUGUCAUCACUUUCACCAGACUCCUCUCCAUCUCCAAAAUCUUCCAUUGUCCCAGGACGACAAACACCACCCAAACUUCAGAGAGUGUCUUCAUCGUCAUCUCCUGAAAAGUCACCACCGUCUCUACCGUUUCAGAGCCCCACGCCUUCUCCCAAAACAGUUUCAAGGGCCACCCGAUCUCCGUCGCACACAUCCUCCCCUCGUCGUUCGCCCUCUUCACCCCCUUCAUUAUCAAGACGCAAGCCCACGCCACCUCCCUCUCUAUCUCCAGCUACUGUUCGACAUCCGCGUAAACGCUCUCCUUCCCCCUCCCCGACCAAACCUCCUACUCCUGGGUCCACCUCCCCUGCACAGUCUCCUGAAUUGAAUCUCCCACUUUCGCCUGCUCACCACCGUUCACCGACCCCUACCCCGCGCACACCCACAGCUUCGCCCUCACGAAAUAUUCCUUCCCCCUCCCACUCCUCCCCUCCUGGUAGCCCCGGCUCCCCUCGAAGGUCACCCAGUCCUGCUGACCAACCAACAUCGCGUCCAGGUUCCCGUAUGGUCGAAACACCUGAACCAAAGUAUCUCAAAGACAAUCCGUCACCUGCAUCAUCUGGCAAAUCUUCGACAUCCACCUCCAAACAGGCAAGGACAGUCGAGGCAGAAACUGUCUGCGUGUUUAUUGUAAGUGUUUUUAAUUUUUAUUUAAUGGAUUACUAUAUUAAAUAUCACUUCGUAAAGAUAAUUACAAAUUAAAUAAAUUGAUAAUUUGUAUGCAUACCUUUUUUUAUAGCAUUGCACAUUAUUUUUUUAGUUUUCUCAUUUGAAUAUAAAAAUAAUUUGAAAGUCAUCUGCCAUAAAGAUGAGAUAAAUUUUCGUUUUCUUUACUUCUAUAUUGUAUAUUAUAUUUCUUUUUGGUCUUUAAUUUCAUUUUUUUAAAUCCACUGUUUGUGGCUUACUUAAAUUCCUUUUAAACUGUUUUUUAAAAUUAAAAUUAAAUAUCCUCCACCCCACUCCCACUCUCUUUGAAUCCGAUUAGGAUGAAGCAGGUCAGAAAGUUUGGAUCUGUCCAGGUUGUAAACUGCCAGAUGAUGGAACUGAGAUGAUUGGAUGUGAUAUGUGUGAUAAUUGGUACCAUUGGUAUGUAUUUUAUUGCAUACAUAGGUACGUUUCUUACACAUAUCCUUUUGGACAACUGGUGUGAUUUGUAAAUAAAUAAAAUGUACGAACAAUAGGGGCAUUUCUGUGUGCCAUGCCACUUUGACAGAAUCUAAAAUUUACCUCAUAUGAACUUUAUUUCCACACAAGAAAUAUUCUUCUUCUUCUAUAUCUUAAGGGCCCACGAUCAAUUUAUUGAUCAUUUUUGCUCCUAUGCAUGUAGAUGGGAUUUGCAAUGUUUCUGUUACUGGUGGUGAUGAGGAAAUUAUGCACUUGGAGUUUGAAGGCUUGAGGCAAUAGACACAAAUGUGUAUGUGUUGUCGCCUCAACUGUUCCUUUUGAAAGAUGGUUCCAGUCCCUGAUUGUCUUGGGCAGGAAUGAGCAGCUCCUAUACUGGCUUCUUGCUGGUAUGAGCCUGAAUUGCCUGUCAUGGCCUCGUUGCUGUCUAUGGGGGAGAGGGACGAGUUUCUGUUUAAUACUGGAACAGUGGACCAGCCCAUUAUUUAUCUUGUACAUUAUGGAGAGCCUGGAUUGUCGUCAUGAAACAAAAUAACAUCAGUUACCCCCAAUAAUAAGCCCACUUUCACUUUGAAACACUGGCUAAUGUUUUUAAAAAGGAUUAUUUAAAAUUAAAUAAAUAAUAAGUGCAUGCAAAAUGCAAUCAGUUUUUGAAAAUGUGAACAAAUGAGUGAAUCAAGAAACAAGCCCUUUUUCUGGUUAUUAAACAUUUAAAUAGUGCCAACCAUUACGUAAUAUUAGACAUUGCAGUUACCCGUAUAUUGUAUGCAAGUAAUACACCAGAUAGAAUUUAAAUGGUAAAUAAAUUAAUAAUAAGAUUUGGUAUGUUGACCCCAAACAGUAUAAAUAAACCAUGUUCACAAUUUUACUUAGCUGCAAUGUCUUUUUCCUGUUUGGUUUUUAAAUUUUACUUCCACCCUAUUUUUUACCGCUCUUUCGAGCUUUGUUUUCAUUUGGGACUUGUGCUCAUUCUUAUUGUUUUCUUUCAUUUUUACAUAGGAUACGCAUAGAUAUAUUAUGUAAAUUUAAUUUAUACUUGUAUGAUAAUAUGAAUGUUUUUUGUUGUACUGAAGAAGGCAUUUGGCGAAACUUUUGCAUUUAUAUUUUGUGUAACCAUAAUUAAAGCUUAACCUAUAUUGUUUUAUUUACACAAUUGUUUGUGUCUCAUUGGUGAACAAAUGAUAUUUUUCUUAAUAAAAUCACAAAAGUUAAAACUUGUUACGACGCCAGCAAAAUUUUACUCUGUGGGGUGUAGUUCCAACAAGUAUUGCUUGUAUUUUCCCACCAUGGACAUGUGUUAAUGUUACUGAAUGAAAAAAGCCUUCUGUUAUAUAAUAAGUAAGUAAUAGAUGAUUCAGAGCAAUUUCUGUUUUAUUUUCAGGCCUUGUGUUGGGAUCACUGAGGCUCCACCUGAGUCUCAAAACUGGUACUGCAAGAAAUGUUUGCCUAAGACCAAAUCAUCAUCACGAGGAAGGGGUAGACCAAGAGGGCGUGGCAGAGGAAGGGGGAAGAAGAAAAUUAUGUGAUGAGGCUUUGUUUUGUUUUUGACAAGGUGUACAUAUUUUAUUUUAGUUUACUGAAAGCUGUCAAUUUCUUGUUGUCAACUUAAAAAAAUCCAAUGCAGUUCAACAUAUACAGUAUAACAAUCUCUGUUCGACUUGUAGUCAAUGAUAUAAAUAAUAAUUUAAAGAUGACAUGAGACAAAUAAUUUGAAUAAACUUUUUUCUAAAUAUAACAUUUAAUGGACAGCUAUGACUCCAGUGACAAUAUGGUCUAUGUAGGGAUCAACAAUUGCUUAACAGAUGCUCUGUUAUUUCCCCAACCUAUGAGCUUCGCAAGUUAAUAUUUUUAAGUUUCUACUACAACUUUAUGAACUGUAAUAUAUUUUUUUUUUUUUUUUUGCACGCCCCAUUAACGCAUGAAAGUGUUUGAUGUUUCCUCGGUUUUGCUUAAAUUUUAAACUUUGACACAAUGGAUAAAAUCAAUGUGUUCAAAUGUUUAGUAUGAAUAUUUUUUUCAUUGCAUCUUGCAAGUUAAUAUUUUUAAGUUUCUACUACAACUUUAUGAACUGUAAUAUAUUUUUUUUUUUUUUUGCACGCCACAUUAACGCAUGAAAGUGUUUGAUGUGUCCUCGGUUUUGCUUAAAUUAUAAACUUUGACACAAUGGAUAAAAUCAAUGUGUUCAAAUGUUUAGUAUGAAUAUUGUGUACAUUGCAUCUGUAAUAAAAUUUCUUUUACUCUUAGCACUAUUGAUGCUUGAAAAAAUUAUUGUGAUUUUGUUCAAAGAAUUUGCUUCAAAAGAAUAUUUCCUUCUUUUAUUCCAAAGUUAUUCUACUUAUAAAAAAUCAAUUAAUGAUUUAAAUGAAGUUGUGCAAGACUAUCAGAAUUGAAAAGCUCUAACUUAGCCAUUGGAUUUUCUCUAUGCAGAUAGAUGGAUAUCUGCAUUAGAUUUGGGUCUUUGAUUGUUGUAUUAAUUUCCAGUCAGGAUUAAGAACGUCUUAAUUUAAGUUAGUUUCUGGUUAAAUCUUAACUUUUAGCAUCAUUUCUAAAAAAACUUAUCUCAUUUUACAUAUAAGCUCAUAUUUUCUAAAAAGGUACUGUAUUAUACAAUUGAAAAUAAAUUACCUGUAGACAGAGGAUGUUUUGUAAACUAAUUUUCCCUUCAAAAAUCAGUAUGAUCUAACACAUGAAGCAGAGAUUUCCUCGUGAUCUCAAAUGCACACAUUUCAUCAAAUUUAUGCCAAAAUUAUAUUGAAAACUAUCUUUCAAAUCUUAAGAUUGUUCACCUGAAAUAGCUUGUUUUCAUGCCUUUCAUUACAUAUUAGUUAACUGUAAGUCAUCUUGAUAGUUUUGUUGUGUCAUUGAUAGAAAUGCAUCAUUUUAAAAUAUAAUAUACUAUUUUUAGCAGAUGAUAUUAGCAACAGAAAUCAGUCUCUGACUAGCAUGUCAUAGUGUGGUACCUUAUGUCUAAUAUCAUUAAUAAAUUAAAAGUUAUUUAUGCAUUAUUCAUGACAAAUUCUUACCUCCGGCAUAGAGUUACUUGCAGCAAGACUCAGGAGUCGAUAUCAGCGUCACUUAAACACAGCAAGCUUCAAGAAAUUGUGUUGCUGCCGUAUCUUUAUCAUCUCAUGUCAUGUUUGUUAAUCCUUUACCGUAAAAUUUAUGUUGAUGGUUUCAGCUAACCCUAUUGCACUUUCAUGUUUGAAAGUGUCCCGAUCCCUGUGUAAAAUUGUGUAAGUUUGUAAAUAUUGAACUGAUCCAAGGGUGAUGUGCAAAAUGAUUGUAGAUAUAUACAUAUUAGUUUGAAUGAAAAAUACAAUAGACUUUCUUUUUAACCGUUAAUGUUUGUUUUCUAAUUUUAAUGUUUAUUGUUUUUUUAAACACUGCUUGAGUUGUCAUUUAUUAAUAGUAUGAGACUCGAAGCUGCUGAUCAGCAAUAGUAGUGUCUGCAGUUUACUUCCAGUGCAAAGCUGCUGGUUAAUCUGAAACUUUUGCACGAAAUACAUUUAAAGAGUUAUUAAAUCCA